AUAGAUUCCUCGAGUCAUCACACCACACGCAUCACAUGUAGAUGUAGCUAGCUUAGCUAUGCUCGCGUAAAAACCCUAGCGGCAGUCACACAGCAAGUUGCAUGUGUCUCGGGGGCAACAAGCAGGCGGCCGAGGCAGCAGGCCGCAUGGAGAACCACCGGCGCCAUUCGGGCUCUCCGGCGAGCAGCAGGCGGCGGCGGCUGCACUACCUCCUCGCCCUGGCUGCCGACUACCUCAGGUACCUCUUCAUGAAGCGGCGCCGGCUCCUGCACAAGGUGGCGCGGAGAACGCUCGCGCUCGUCCACCGCCACGGCCUGCCGCAGCGCGGCGGCAGGAACCACGACCAGUGGCAGUGGCCUCAUCGCGCGCUGGCGGAGCACGAGUUCUCGUGCGCCGACAGCCCCAGCCCCGCGUUCCUCGCGGCCAAGAGGCUGCUGCUGCGGUCACGUCGGAAAGGCAGUGGCGCCGCAGCCGCAGCGGCCGGGGCUGUGUCUUCCUGCUUCGGCUCGUUUCGACAUCCGUUCGAUUCGCCCGACGGCGACGAGACGAUGACGUUGGCAUCUGAGACAGAGGUUGCCGAAGAUGAGGAUGAUCAGACGGAGGAGGAGGAGGAGGAAGAAGAUGAUCAGGUACUAGCUGCCGAGGACGGUGGCUGGCUACAGCGCGGUGAGGGUGAGCUUCUUGACGUGGACGACAGGGCCGAGGAGUUCAUCAACAUGUUCUACGAGCAGCUCAGGGCGCAGAACUUUGCCGCGGUUUUCCGUUACUCCCCAUGAUUAUAUUUAUGGUGUCCGCCGUGUGUAGCGCCGUAUAGAGUGAUCUUGAUCUUGCGAGACGACGAUCGUUGUGAUGUGGUUUGGAGGAGCCUUCGCUUCUCGAGGAUGCCUUUGUGUCUGUGUCGGGGAAACCGAUCGAGAGUGUAAUGUGUCCGUACGCACGUACUCCUAUAUGUUGGUCUACACUAUCUGCUACAUGAGUAAAUGUGACCAAUCAUCGAUCCGGUGGAGAAUAAUAAAUGGGCCGCAUAUAUAUUCC